AUGUGCGACGACCAAUUUGUACCUGCGUGGAAUCAGCUCAAGGAGAGAUAUGACAACCCUCGCCUACUCAUCGGUGCUCAACUGGACAAGCUCCUUAACAUGCAUGCACUCACUUCACGCUCAUCUGAGCAGCUCAAUUACCUUCUGAACACCGUUUCAGAGGUAAUCAACGCACUCAACGCACUCGGGGUACAAUUGAACUCAGAUAUGAAUCCGCUGCUUACGCAGUUGAUUAUAUCUAAACUGGACUCACACAACCGGGAGCUCUGGGAGAACAAAAUGGGUGCUUCGACUGAAUACCCAUCACUCAAAGUGCUCAAUGACUUUCUAGUCAGUCGUGCUCGUGCUCAAGAACGGGUGGAACAGGCAUCCAAACCACCACGUUCAUCUGGAAAACCAGCGUCAUACUCUGCUGCUGCUGUUUCCAACUCGCACUCAUCGGAAACUAAAUCUCCAGCCACGAACUCAUCUACUGCACUCAAGAAGCCUCCCAAGAAGGUAUUCCCUCCUGCACAAUAUCCCUGUGAUUUGUGUAAAGGAGAUCACUUUAUUGUGAGAUGCACUCAAUUCUUGGGACUCACAAAGGCUCAACGCACUCAAGUCGUUGUGGAAAAGCGACUUUGUGAAAAUUGUUUUGGCCAUCAUCUACCGGAUGCGUGCAAUUCAAAAUUCACAUGCAGGGUGUGUGAACAAAAACAUCACACCAUGAUACACCCGGGACUCAACAGCACUCAAAAACCAUCUAGCUCAGCCGCUAAAGGCACUCAAUAA